ACGACAAAUAUUCUUGAAUCUCGAGCAAAAAAGUACACCAACCUUUAACCCCUAUAUAUAACCGCAUCGCAAAUUACUCCCCCUUCACACAAACAAAUUACAGUUGUAAUUAAGCAACAUUAUUAGACGAUGAAGUCUUCUAGAUCUUCAACACUUGCUCUCUUUUUUACAAUCAAUUUGCUUUUCUUUGUCAUGGCAAGUGGCUGCUUCACUUGUACACAACCUAAGCCAACGCCUAACACAUUUCCUUUCCCAAACCCUAGUCCUGCCACGAAGAGUUGUCCUAGGGACGCACUUAAGUUAGGAGUGUGUGCCAACGUGCUUAAUGGACCAAUUGGUGCAGUGGUGGGGUCACCACCGGACCACCCAUGUUGCUCGGUGCUGGAAGGACUUCUUGAUCUUGAAGUUGCGGUUUGUCUCUGCACUGCCAUCAAAGCUAACAUACUUGGCAUUAACCUUAACAUCCCCAUUUCUCUUAGCUUGAUCCUGAACGCCUGCGAGAAGAGUCCACCCUCUGACUUCCUGUGCAACUAGACAUAGUUAAGCACGCCAUUCUCAAUUCACUACUUUCAUGUGUUUCUUUAUUUGUGAUUGUGUGCUCUAAAAUGUUGUGGUUUGUACCGUGCUAACUCAUUUACUGAGAAUGCAGUUGUCCCCGUAAGAUGUAACCGUAGUUUAAUUUGACUUCUGGUGUAGUGUUGAAUGACUUUCUAAGUUUUGCAAUUUAACGAAUUAAUUGUUCUGUAUUGUGUUAAGUUGUUAACUGAGGAUUCUCCUUCCAUUUA